AAGCCCAUUUCGGUAGUGAAGCAGAAGAAGAGAAAGAAGAAGAAGAAGAGUCUCUCUCUCCCUUUCUCUACCAGAAGACUUGGGGACCGAAAAUGGCUGAAUCUAAGGAGUCAACGUCUAUUCCGCUGAGUCAAGCCGACUCGGAAGAUGAGUCCAAGGCUCCCCCAACCUCACCCAGCUCCUCAACUCGUAAGGCUUGUUAUGCUGUUCUUCAGAGUUGGGUCUCAGAGAAGUUCAUGACUGGAUGUGUGGUUCUCUUUCCUGUUGCUGUUACUUUCUUCAUCACAUGGUGGUUUAUUCAGUUUGUGGAUGGUUUCUUCAGUCCAAUAUAUGCCAGACUUGGGAUUGAAAUAUUUGGCCUUGGAUUUCUUACGUCUCUAUUCUUCAUUUUCCUGAUUGGUAUAUUUGCAUCAUCAUGGAUGGGUGCCACAGUUUUUUGGGUAGGAGAAUGGUUUAUUAAAAGAAUGCCCUUUAUGAAGCAUAUUUACUCAGCAUCCAAACAAAUUAGUGCUGCAAUCUCGCCUGAUCAAAAUACAACUGCUUUUAAAGAGGUUGCAAUUAUUCGUCAUCCUAGGCUUGGGGAAUAUGCAAUUGGCUUUAUCACAUCGUCAGUGAUCCUCCAGAAAGAUGAUGGAGAUGAGGAAUUAUGCAGUGUUUAUGUCCCAACAAAUCAUCUCUAUAUUGGCGAUAUUUUUCUAGUGAAUUCUGAUGAAAUUAUACGUCCAAAUUUAUCUAUCCGGGAAGGAAUAGAGAUCAUAGUUUCAGUCGGUAUGACGAUGCCACAGGUGAUUUCUCCAAUUGAAAGGAUUUCUCACCAAAAUGAAAGGAUCCCUCUCAACAGAAUAAUGUCCCUCUAAAACAAAACUACACCGCGGUACAAAGAGAUUAGGUGACUGCAGUUUUUCCUUGUAUGUUAUUAGCUUAUCAAAGACGAAAAUAGUUAGAACUUCUCCUUGGUUCUCUUACUUUCAUGUAUCAUUGUCUGUUCUACAAGGUCGAUAUGCAUGUCAAGCUCAGUAAGUAUAAUAGAAUCGCAUCCUCUGAGAAUGUAAUUUUUUUAUGUAAUGGAAAGAGCAUAAAGUCUAUCAUGGAUUCUAAAUAUAUGAAGUACAGAGAAAUUUAUCAUA